AUACUGGAAUCACGUGAAUGCAUCAAAUUGCGUAAUAGUUCAGAGAAGGGUUGCCAUGAUCUUAGUUUUCCGGCAAUUAGGCGACUUUGAUAAUGUAUUCGGCGCUAGUUUUUGGCCGCCAUGGCAGUUCAUAAAAAAUAUAUAUUUCACUGUGACCUGCUGCUGACUAUCAGGCAGUGAGGCAGCCUAUUUCUGAGUGACAGAGAGAGUGGUGGAGAAAGAGCAACAAGAGUGCACUUCGUCACAACUUUUAACCAAUUGUAUGUAGGCUAUAUAGAUUAUUAUUAUGGGGACACCCAUUUCCAAACUCUUUUCCAUAAAACAUUUUAACGCGCUAAAACUGAUGCGCAUCAACAGAUAACGAUGACAAAGCACAGGAAAACUACUUUAGGUGCUCUAGAGCACAUUAGAUAAAUUCGCUCGGAGGUGGUUUAAACUGCAUUCUAAUGUCGAUUUUGUUUACAGAAAACCAUAUCAAGCGAAGGACUAAAAAUGCUCAGCUCUUGGGUCUCGAGCGCUAAGUGGACAUUUGAAAUGGAAGUUAUGGAACGGGGAAAAGUCCACAGCGAAACUGACAAUGACACACUUGCAUCUAUUGGUCAUCAAUUAGCGAAUAAAUUUACAUGCCUAUGUUGGCUACAGUAGCCUACUAUAUUAUACAAUAAAUAUGUUGAAAUUAAGAUAUCACUGGAAUCAUUGCAAAUCAAUUUGUUCCACUUGCGUAGCCGACUUUGAGCUGGCAAACUGAUUUAAUCAAUUGCCGAUAACUUCAGUUUAUUGUUGUUGUAGACUUGUGUUAUGUAAUUAUCCAUGUCCAUUUUUAGUUCAUGAAAUUGGAAGUACUCAAUUGUGACCAUGGUCACAGGUCUAUCGCAAUUGCUGAUCAACUGUUGUUAGAAUGCAUUAGAUUGAAGGUAACAGUCAACUAGAUUAGGCUACAGAUACAUACAAAAAUUUAAAAAACUGGCAGUUGUUGACCAGCACUCGCUAUGGACUCCCUGUACAGGUGAUUUGUUGGACAUGAGGGUCAGAAAUAACACUAAACAUGCAAUAUUGCAUUAUGUUAUUUUUCCAAGAAAUUUGCAGAUUUUGAUAAAUAGCUGGAAAUCAUGACCUAUUAGGUCUCGUAACUGUGUGGAAAAGGUGGAACAAUAUUAGACUUGAAAUCAAAAUGGUACAUGUUUACAGUUCUACAAAUGACCUACAGAAUGAAGGGCCAGUGAAAGCUAAUGAAGGCGUCAUACCAGUAUCACACCCAUGCAUCAAAUUGCAUAAUAGUUCAGAAGGGUUGCAAUUAGGCAACUUUGAAAAUGAUGUCACUGGUGAACAUGUAUUUGGUUGCUUGUUGCUGGUUUUUGGACUAUUUCUAAAUUGCACACCUACUCAUUCCAGGGUUUUUCUUUAGCUUUACUAUUUUCUACAUUGUAAUAAUUAUUAUUUUGAUGGAAAACCGAAUUUUGAUUCUAAAGUUGUUAGACGUUAAAUCAAGAUUCCUUCUUAAUUCGCUCAGUAACGUUGUGGAAAAAAGGGGUUUAUUGGCUAAAUGUUGCAACUCCCCUCUCCCUGCGCAAAAGAAAAAGGGACUACUUUCAGGAUUUUUGAGCGGGUUUUGGAUUAGAAUUUUGUUGAAGACAUGGCAACCUUGAUUCAAAGUUCAAGACAAGGACAAUCAUGGCGGUGCAAACCCAGGAGCUUGUUUCAGCCAAAUGGCUUGCAGAUGCAAUAAAGAGCAACCUUAUUGGACCGAAUCUUCGAAUUCUGGAUACAUCCUGGCAUGUACCGAUAUUAAAACGCGAUGCAAAUGCGGAAUUUAACCAACAGCACAUACCUGGAACUUCGUUCUUUGAUAUUGACAAAUGCUCUGACAAAACUUCCUCGAUGGACCAUAUGCUCCCAACUGCAAACUACUUUGCAGAGUAUGUGGGGGGUUUAGGUAUAGGAAACGAUACACAUGUAGUAGUGUACGAUACCAGCGAUUUUGGGUCAUUCAGCGCACCCCGAGUGUGGUGGAUGUUCCGAUUAUUUGGGCACAAUUCUGUAUCGGUCCUGGACGGGGGUAUGAAGAAUUGGCUGGCCGAGGGGCAUCCUGUCACUGCAGAAUACACCAAGCCAGGACGUGCGGACUUCAAGGCGACCGCCAAUCAAUCAUGGGUCAAGUCAUAUGAUGAUGUGCUGAAAAACAUCGAGACCAAACAGGUGCAAGUGAUUGACACAAGACCCGCCGGCAUGUUCCGGGGAACUGAACCAGAACUAAGAGAUGACAUUGAGCCUGGCCACAUUCCUGGUACUAUCAACAUGCCUUUUACCAAGUUCAUGGAUGCCUCAGGCAAGGAGUUGGAGCUUGAAGUGCUGGCAAAAAUGUUCCGAGAGGCAGGGGUGGACUUGGAGAACCCUUUCUGGGUAACCUGUGGGUCAGGGGUCACUGCAUGCCACGUGGUUCUGGCUGCUCACCUGCUGGGACAUUCAGGGUCAGUGUCUGUGUAUGACGGGUCAUGGUAUGAAUGGUUCAAAAGGGCUGCCCCAGAGCAUGUCAUCUCUGAGGGCAAGGGGAAGCAAGUGUGAUGUGGAGAGAAGGGUAGAAAUGAGCACAAAGAAAAUUACUGUUGAAUGAGCAGGGAGGGGACACUAUGAAUCACAAAGGAAGCUACAGAUUGCACAAAAUAUGGAGGGUUUUACUGAUUUUGACUGAAGAUUUGGAUGAAUGUGUCAUUGUGAAAGAGUUCACCAUUCAAGAGUCCAUGAAUACAGUAUGCCUAUGUUUAUAUUCAAGAUGUCCAAUAAAGGUGUUACAAACUA